AUGGACGGACAGGCGGACACUGAGCCGGGAGGCGGGCAGCAGCUGCGGCCCCACAGGCAGCGGGCAGAGGAUGAGCGCAGGCUCUGGCACGGAGGGCAGGUCAGGAACACGCUGCACCUCGUCUCUGCCGUGGCUCAGUGGCUUCUGCUGCUUGCCUGUCUGAUUUACCUGGGUGUACAUUUUCUGCGGCCCUCAAAGACCCAGAGUGACAAAGUGCUGUGGACCUACAUCCGCUACACAGGCCGGAGCAGCAGAGGAGCAGCCGUGAACCUCAGUGCGGAAUCCGGGCCCAUCCGCAUCAGGAACGGCUCCAUCCUGGUCCCCUGCGACGGCCUGUACCUCGUGUCCCUCAACAGCUCCAUCUACCUGGAGAAGGAGGAGGAGGACUGGCUGAAUCUGACCCUGCAGGGCACCAGCAGCGUGCUGUGGGAGCAGAUGGUCCAGAGCAACAACAGCAGAGUGAACUUCACCGCAGUGCUCUACCUGUUUGAGCAGGACAGCAUCACGCUGUGGACCAGCUCCAACGCCAGCAUCUCAGACCUGUCCCUUAGCCUGGUGCUCGUAGCUGAGAACAAGUACUAGCUGCAGAGCUGGAGCAGGAAGGGCAGCACGGACAGCACAGCUUCCCCACGCAGCUGUAGGUUUUGUACUUGCACAGGCAGACUGCUCUAGAGCCUCGCUGGCCUCGCUGCGGCCGCGGAGGGCUCGGUGGGAGUGCAGAACCACCACAGGUUUCACACAGUGCACUCAGGGUUCGCCUCUUUGGAGCUCUGUGCAGCUGAUUUGCUACCCAGGAUGGAUCUUUCCAACACUGGGGAAAGGGAUGCGUGGAGCUCUUGAGAAGAACAGAAAUGAAAGCCAAAGAAAGCCACCCAAGCUUAGCUCAUAUUCAAAGAAACCCCAGGUUUCUCUAUAUACUUGACAGUAUCUGUAUAUAGUAGGAAUGUGUUGUGUUUUUUCUCAAAUAAAAGUCUGGUGAGUCAGGAAGAUACCUCA